AUGCAGGUCCGCAAUCUCUUCGCCGUGCUUUCGGCAGCCAUUCUUUUACAUUUCACACACGCCCUUAAUGCUUGCCCUGGUACCGAUGAUGUUUUUACUGGAGCAGAAGGCAUCAGAUAUCGAGUAUGCCCUGGUACCGAUCUCACUGGACCUUCGACAUCCAUAAAGCGGGUUGCCUCGGUCACAGCAUGUGCAAAACUCUGCGACCAGAGUAUGGACUGCUUCAAGGCGGUGUAUGAUACCCGGACGAAAGCCUGCCACUUCAAGGAUCUUACUGGCCUGACUUGGGUUGCCAAUGACCGUUUCCAAGUCAUUCAAGCGGAGCAGGUCAACAUCGCUCGGUGCCCCCACAACGAAUGGACUUAUCAUAGGAACCGGAAACAAUACAGCAUCUGCCCAGGCACCGAUAUCCGUGGACCAAGCGAGAAAAUAUGGCAAGGCGUAAAGACUUUCGACAACUGCGCCUACCUCUGUGCCAAUUGGGCUACGUGCACCGCAGCCGUUUACGACUCUGCCAAGAUGGCCUGCCACAUCAAAGCUGAUUCGCGCACCAAUACCUUGAUCUGGUCAACCGACAAACGUUACGAUGUGAUGCGUCUCAACGUCGCGCCCGCGCCUGCAAAGGACGGCGAGUGGUCAGACCUCAUCCGCCUUCCUGUCAUUCCUGUCGCCGCAUAUGUCGUUCCUGAGUACCCUGUCUCACAACGUCUUCUCGUCUUCUCGAGUUGGGGUGCCGAUGCUUUCGGUGGUGCUGGUGGACGCACACAGUUUGCGGACUAUAACUUCAACACUGGCGCUGUGUCAGCUCGUACGGUGAGCAACACCCAUCACGACAUGUUCUGUCCCGCAAUGAGCAGUCUCCAGAACGGGCAGCUCUUGAUUCAAGGAGGGUCUGAUGCUUCUGCCGCCAGUAUCUACGAUCCAGCGUCGAAUGCUUUCACUCGCGCUCCUGACAUGAAAAUGGCCCGCGGUUACCAAUCGUCCGCAACGACGUCCGACAAUCGCGUCUUCACCAUCGGAGGUGCAUACUCUGGUCCCCGCAAGGGAAAGGACGGUGAGGUAUACGAUCCCUCUACCAACACCUGGACAGCACUGCCAAAUGCGAGGAUGAAGGCUAUGCUCACGACCGACCAUGAAGGAAUUUGGCGCGAGGACAACCAUGCGUGGUUGUUCGGUUGGAAGAACGCCUCUGUUUUCCAAGCCGGUCCAAGCAAAGCUAUGAACUGGUACGGCACCAAGGGAACCGGAUCGCAAGUCGCUGCUGGUAUACGUGACCCUAUUGAUGAUGCGAUGUGUGGUAUCUUUGUCAUGUACGAUGCGGUUGCCGGCAAGAUCUUCAGUGCUGGCGGUGCUCCCGACUACACCGACUCAGAUGCCAAUGCCCGGGCCCACAUCACUACCAUCAACGAGCCAAACACCCCCGCAAAGGUCGAGCGUGUCGCGGAUAUGACUUACCCUCGCGGAUUUUCCAAUGCGGUCGUUCUGCCUGACGGAACGGUCCUCGUAAGUGGUGGCCAAAAACGAUCAAAAGUGUUCACAGACGACGAUGGAGCUCUCUACCCGGAGCUUUUUGACCCAGCCACAAAGUCCUGGAAGGUUCUUGCGCCACAGGCCGUACCUCGCAACUACCACUCGGUCAGUAUCUUACUAGCCGAUGGACGUGUCUUCAGUGGCGGUGGCGGUCUCUGCUACGUCGCCCAGGGAGUCGGCCGUAGUUCUGCCAACUGCAACAAACUCGUCGACCACGCCGAUGGCCAGAUCUUCUCACCACCAUAUCUCUUCAACACCGACGGUACUCCUGCGACACGUCCUAUGAUCCGCUCUCUGAGCGCAGAAAGCGUCAAAGUUGGUAGUGAGUUGACUAUUGAAGUCGAGACCUCAGCACCAGGCCUCAAGUUCAGCCUGGUUCGCAUCGGCAGCGUCACACAUUCAGUCAACACCGAUCAGCGACGUGUUCCGCUUACUCAAGUCAAGGGGGACGGAUGCAAAUACACUGCCACAUUGCCCGAUGAUAGCGGAAUUCUUAUUCCGGGUUCUUAUUACGUCUUUGUCAUGUCGAAGGAGGGGGUUCCUAGCAUUGCUAGGACUGUGCAGGUCGUACUGUCAUAA